UUCGCCAACACGACGCCGUUGAGGGGUCCACGUUUACGAUAGCGGAGAUAAACCCAAUCCCCAAUGGCAUAACACAACAUAACAUAACCAACGAGUGGUAGACUCAGAAACAAACCGCCAUUAACUCACCGAUGCAACUCAGCGGCAACGUGUUCAUUCCGGCGAAUAAACCCCUCAAAGCGUUGUUCAAGUUCAAACCCCGAUUCUGCUCCAAACCUGACUCGCCCGAGUCCAACUCGCUCCAAGCCGAGACCCUCAAGACACUGGAAUGGAGCUCCGUGUGCAAGCAGCUCUCGGCGUUCACCUCCACCUCCAUGGGCUCCGCCGCCGCCCUCAACGCCCGCCUUCCCGUUGGCCGCACCCGCCGCGAGAGUCAGAGGCUUCUCGAUCAGACCUCCGCCGCCAGACUCGUCGCCGAGCCCCUCGACUUCUCCGGCAUCCACGACUUGACGGAGAUUCUCGACGUCGCCACUUCCGGCCACUUGCUAACCGCCCGAGAGCUUUGCACCGUUCGCCGCACGCUCUCCGCCGCCAGAGAUUUGUUCCAUAAUUUGAAACGCUACGCUUCCGCUUCUAAUCAUCCACAUAGGUACUUACCCCUACUUGAAAUACUGCAAAAUUGCAAUUUCCAAGUGGGCUUGGAGCGUAAAAUAGAAUUUUGCAUAGAUUGCAAUCUUUCAAUAAUUCUUGAUAGAGCAAGUGAAGACCUGGAGAUCAUCAGAUCGGAAAGAAAGAGGAACAUAGAAAUUUUGGAUUCUAUGUUGAAGGAAGUAUCAUCCCAAAUUUUUCAGGCUGGGGGGAUUGACAGACCAUUAAUAACUAAGCGUCGAUCUAGAAUGUGUGUGGGCAUUAGGGCUUCGCAUAGGUAUUUGCUUCCAGAUGGUGUAGUUCUGAAUGUCAGCAGCUCUGGAGCAACUUACUUUAUGGAACCCAAAGAUGCAAUAGAUCUGAACAACUUGGAAGUUAGGCUUUCAAGCUCUGAGAAGGCUGAGGAAAGUGCAAUUUUGAGUAUGCUUGCGUCUGAAAUAGCGAAUUCAAAAUCAGAUAUAAAUCAUUUAUUGGAUAAAAUUCUUGAAGUUGAUCUUGCUUUCGCAAGAGCUGCGUAUGCUCAAUGGAUGAAUGGGGUAUGUCCCAUUUUCACCUUAGGUAAUUUUGAAGGCUUUGAUUCUGAUGAUGAAGACAAUGAUAUGGCCGCACUAGAUGAUGACGAUGUAACAGUUAAUAUUGUUGGUAUACGACAUCCAUUACUCCUGGAGUCCUCUCUUGAGAACAUUUCAGAUAAUCUUGCUCUAAGGUCUGGAGGUAGUGCUGAAUUUGGUAAUGAGAAUGGAGCAAUGGCUUCUAAAUAUAUGUCACGAGGCAUAUCAGACUUCCCUGUGCCAGUUGACUUUAAAAUUGGACGUGGAAUUAGAGUGGUGGUGAUCUCGGGACCUAAUACUGGAGGGAAAACUGCUUCCAUGAAAACAUUGGGCCUGGCAUCACUCAUGUCAAAGGCUGGAAUGCAUUUGCCUGCCAAGAACAAUCCAAAACUUCCUUGGUUUGACAUUAUCCUUGCAGAUAUUGGGGAUCACCAGUCCCUCGAACAAAAUCUCUCAACUUUUAGUGGGCACAUCUCACGUAUUUGCAAGAUUUUGGAAAUGGCCUCAACACAAUCACUUGUUCUCAUUGAUGAAAUUGGUAGUGGGACUGAUCCUUCAGAAGGGGUUGCUCUUUCUGCCAGUAUCUUACAAUAUCUGAAGGAUCAUGUUAACGUGGCUGUUGUGACCACUCAUUAUGCUGAUCUAAGUCGUAUGAAGGAAAAAGAUACCCGUUUUGACAAUGCAGCAAUGGAAUUUUCGCUUAAAACAUUACAACCAACAUAUAGAAUUCUCUGGGGAUGUACUGGUGAUUCAAAUGCGUUAAGCAUAGCACAAUCUAUUGGAUUUGAUAGAAAUAUAAUUGAUCAUGCACAAAAAUGGGUAGAAAAGUUAAAACCAGAACAGCAGCAAGAGCGGAGAGGAAUGCUUUAUCAGUCAUUACAGGAGGAACGAAACCGAUUAAAGAUUCAGGCUGAAGAGGCUGCAUCUAUUCAUGCAGAAAUUAUGAGCGUGUACUAUGAGAUCCAAGGGGAGGCAGAAGAUCUUGAUAGACGUGAGAUGGAACUCAUGGCAAAGGAAACACGACAGGUCCAACAAGAGCUAGUGGAUGCAAAAUCUCAGAUGGAAACUGUGAUACAGAAAUUUGAGAAGCAACUCAAAACUUCUGCUCGCGAUCAACUGAAUUCACUUAUUAGAGAAUCUGAAUCUGCAAUUGCCUCCAUUAUAAAAGCCCAUUCUCCUGCUGACCAACUCAAUGAAGCUGAUCAUGCUUCAUAUACUCCACAAAUUGGAGAGCAAGUCCAUGUCAAGGGAUUGGGGAGUAAAUUGGCCACAGUGGUAGAAUCUCCCGGGGAUGAUGAAACAAUCCUGGUACAGUAUGGUAAAGUGAAAGCCCGUGUAAAGAAAAGUAACAUCAUAGCUAUUCCAUCUACGGCAAAAAAUGGUGUAACUAGUUCUUCUGCACAUCAGGGGAGGCAGAGUGCGCGGAAUGGAGAAUACAGGGGUAAUGUAGACAUGAAAAGCAAGGAUGAUAUUUCUUAUGGUCCAGCAGUGCGUACAUCAAAGAAUACUGUAGACCUACGAGGUAUGCGAGUAGAAGAAGCUUCUAUCCACCUUGAGAUGGUGAUUAAUACUAGUCGGCCAUAUUCGGUUCUCUUUGUUAUACAUGGAACAGGCACCGGUGCUGUUAAGGAGCGUGCACUUGAGAUUCUGCAAAAUCACUCGCGCGUUACUGAUUAUGAACCAGAAAGUCCAAUGAAUUAUGGUUGUACCAUUGCUUAUGUCAAGUGAGGCAAUAAUCUAUGCCAAUAUGAAACCUCCAUUUUUGGGACUCAUUUGAUAUGUACAUUAAAACAUUUUUUCUUUUUUUUCAUUCUCCCUAUAUGAACAUUUGGUAAGUUUGUAAAAUUAUUUAAAAUUUUGUCAUAAUUAACAAUUAAUUUAAUCUAAUAAAUUUUACUGAUUGCAUUUUAUUUUGUACAUAUAAUAUAGUAAACUUUUUUUUCUGGCCAUCUUUAAAUAGAGGGGAAGAAUAAAUUUGACGGUGGCCAUGUAAUUGGAGUUGCUAACUUAAGACAUUAACUUGACAAUGACAUAUAUAAAUAGCAGAAAUGAGACAUUGAUUCCAUUCCAAAUCUUCAUAUGCCCUAUUAGUCAAUCUCACCGUGAGGUAUUGUCAUUAUUAAUGACUUUGUUAAUUCCUCUGAUCAUAUUUGGUAUUCACUUUGAUGCAUUCCGUUUGCGUUGUUUCAGGUGGGUCUGGCAGACGACGUCGUCCACGGUGCAAGGCAACACCACCACAACGGUCACCGCCAUGCGUUUCGCCGCCGCCGUGAUGACCCAUUGCGCGAAGGACCGCUCCGGCGUCCGCGCCGUGGAGGAAGCAGUCAAGAUCGUCGUCGGACCCGUCUACGAGAAGUUCCACCUCCUUCCCGACGAGCUCCUCCGCAUCGCCCAAAGCAACCCCGACCACUCCGUCGCACCCGCGCACCCGCCUCCGCCGCCGAGGGCCGCCGCCGCCGACAUCGCGAGGGCCGCUUACUCGAAGUGCGAGCCGGCGGCGAAGGGGCUGUACGGGCGGUUGGAGGUCAAGGCGGAGCAGUGCGCGGCGGCGGCGGCGUGGCGGCGGGUGGUCCCUCGAACGGUGAAUUACAACGAGAAAGUUGUGGCGGCGGCGGAGAAGGGUUGCAGGGUUUCGGAGAGGAUAGCGAAGAUGUAUAGUGAGAGGCGAAAGGGGUUUCAUUUCCAUGUACUAUGCACUACUUAACCUCCUUUUGUGAAUUUUUUUUUUUUUUCAUGUUGCUCACUGCUAGGUUUGCCGGCCAAUUUUGUGCUGUUUGGUUUUGUGUAUUUAGUGUAAUGAGAUAUUCAAAUCAAUGUCUCUAGUUUGGGUAUAUGUAUACAUGAAUGAGUUUGUUGGGUACGAAUGAA